GCGGCAGCGGCCAUGUCGGUGUUCGUGACACGGCGGAUCCCGCCCGAGGGGCUGCGGGUGCUGUCCCAGGCCAGCGGGGCCCGACCUGAAGGUCAUCAGCACUUUGUCCGUGGGCUUCGACCACCUCGCCCUGGACGAGAUCAAGAAGCGGUAACGCUGCCCCGCUCCUCUCCUGCUCUGUCCCCCGCCAGCUCUGACACCUCCCGGACCUCUCCCCCGUGCCCUGCACCCCCCUGCGCUGUCCCCCGGUGCUGGAGCCUUCCCCCCACACACCCCACACCCCGCCGGUCCCGGUGGCACCGGGGUUUUCACAGAGUGCGGCGCUGGGUGGGGUCCGCUACCUGCACCCCUCUGCUGCCGGAUCAUGGCUGGGGUCACCCCACACCCCAGGCCCGGAGAAGCAUUUGGGUGCUGGGCCGAGGCAAGGACCAGGUGGGAAAGGGUGUGGCAGGAGGGCCGGGAGCCGAAGGGAUGUCCCUGGGUAGGUGGGACCGGCCCAGUGCUGGCAGCCAGCCUGGGGACGCCAGCCCCAGAGCCCCGUCUGGCUGGCAGGGGGAUCCGUGUGGGGUACACCCCCGACGUGCUGACCGACGCCACCGCUGAGCUGUCCGUGGCCCUGCUGCUGGCCGCCUGCCGCCGGCUGCCGGAGGCAACAGAGCAGGUGAAGAGUGGCGGCUGGACAACGUGGAAGCCCCUGUGGAUGUGUGGGUAUGGCCUGUCCGACAGCACCGUGGGCAUCAUCGGGCUGGGCAGGAUAGGACAGGCAGUUGCCCGGCGCCUGAAGCCGUUUGGGGUCAGGAAGUUUCUGUACACUGGCAGUGGCCCAAAACCGGAGAGUGCGGCAGAGUUUGGGGCUGAGUUUGUCCCUCUCACGAGGCUGGCCGAGGAGUCAGACUUUGUAGUGGUGACUUGUGCCCUGACACCAGCUACCCAGGGGAUGUGCAACAAGGACUUCUUUGGCAGGAUGAAGAAGACUUCUGUGUUCGUCAACACAAGCAGGGGGGCUGUGGUGAACCAGGAGGACCUGUACGAGGCACUGGCCCAUGGCCAGAUCGCAGCUGCCGGCCUGGACGUGACCACUCCGGAGCCACUGCCCACUGACCACCCCCUGCUGUCCCUCAAGAACUGUGUGAUCCUGCCGCACAUCGGGAGCGCCACGUACGCCACCAGGAGCACCAUGGCAGUGCUGGCAGCCAACAACCUGCUGGCUGGGCUGCGAGGGGAGCCCAUGCCCCACGAGCUGAAGCUGUGAUGGCCAGGCCCUGCUCGAGCUGAAGCUGUGGUGGCCAGGCCCUGCUCCAGCAGUCGUGGGACGGACGCGGUGCCGAGGCCAGCCUGUGUCCCCUCCCCUGCAGUGGCCAGGAGCCAUUAAAGAGAAGCAGCCAA